AUGGCUAUCUCGACUCGUCAAUACGGUCGUCAAGGUGCAAGUAAUGUUACGAGAGCUGAUACAGGUCGUUUAAUAUCAACUUCAUCAACAGGUUCAAUGUCUGUUCCACCUCGUCGUUAUGUUCUUGAUGUACCAACAAGUCGUACAACACGUAUAAGUCGUACGACAAGAACAACUAAUGGAAUGAAUGAUGAUUAUGAUGAAACAAAUAUGCGUAGUCGUUCACCUGGUAUGUCAACAACAUAUUCAACUGUUCUUAGAACAAAUAUUAAUAAUGGAAGUAAUGAACGAUUAUCACAUUCAGGUUCUCGAGAAUAUUAUUAUGGAGAUGGAAGAAAUAUAUCAUCAUCACCAACUAAUGUAACACGUUAUUAUGAAGAUUCAUCUAUUAACCAAUUACUUGAAUCAGGUACAACUUAUAAUAAUUCAUUAGCUGAAGAUCAAGAAGUUCAAGCAUUAACAGCAAAAGCAACACCUGAUGUCAAAAAUUAUCCAAUUAAUGUUGAUACUAAUCCAGAAUUAAUUGUUCGACCAAAUACACAACGAUUACAAUAUAAACAAGAUAUUGCUGUUCGAUAUUUAAAACCUAAUACACCACCACCUCCAGGACCUAUUGUUAUUCGUGAAAUUCGUGCACCACCACCACCACAUGCUCCACCUAUGAUUCUUCGUCAACGACCUCCACCACCGCGUACACCAUCACCUGUUAUUAUUCGUGAAAGACCACCUGUACGUCCAAAAUCUGUACCAACAACAGUCAUUAAAAAGGUUAUUCCACCACCACCACCACCACCUCGUAAAUUAAUUAUUGAACGUCUACCUAAUCUUCCACCGAAACCACGUCCUGUCAUUAUUGAACGAUGGCUUCCAUAUCAAAAACAAAAACGUCAAGUUAUUCAUGAAAAAGCUAAACCAUACGAACCAAUGACUCGUAUAAAAAAUACAAUUAUUGAAUGGCGUCCACCAGAAGUUGAAGUUGUUAAACAUGUUAAAAAACUUGGAGUUCAAGAUGCUGAUCCACAACGAUAUUAUAAUCAAUAUAGAGAUAAAUUAUAUACAACAGAAAUUGUACAACGAAAAUUAAAUGAAUUAGGUUUACAAGAAGAAAUAUCUUUAAUGCAACAACAACAAGCAUCUGCUGCAAAUGAAGAAAUUGCUCUUGAAAAAGCUGAUGAAUAUAAUAUUCGACAAAUUCUUAAUAGCUAUGGAUCAUCAUCAUCUUCAAGACAAAUAUAUACAACAAAUAGUGAUGGUACUGUUGUGCCUCUUGUUCGUUCAUCAUCUCAUUCUGGUAUUAUAGAUGAAUAUGGUGAACGACAAAUAUUAUAUGAUCGUUCACCUAAUAAUUCAGGAACAAUUGUAUAUGAUGCAAAUAAUUAUAAUUUUGAUCAAAAUAUAUCAAAUGCAUCUGUUCUUACAGAAGAAAUGAUUUUACGAUCACAUGCAACUAAUAAUGGUAAAUUUCCUACACAUCUUUUAACAAAACUUGGUUCACAAAUAUAUGAUAUGCCACCUGAACAAGUUGAUUUAUCAAAUAAUACAAGACGAACAACACAUUAUUAUACAGUUAAUCAGGGAGGACCAAGCUAUGAAUCAACUGGUGAUACAGCAUCUGGUUAUACAGAUGAAAAAUAUGUACAAAUAUUAUCAUCUGAUUUAAAAGAUGUAUUACCUAAUUAUGAAGUUUAUUCAAGUACAGGACAAAAAUUAGAAGGAGAACAACUUAAUUUCUAA